GAGCACUGGGCUCGUGUUCCUUGCUUAGUAAAACAGGUCUCGGGACAAGAAAGCAAGGGUGUUUUUAUAUACUUGUUUAUUUGUAGCCGUCGUUUUAUCUCGCGUUGUUGUUGUUGUUAUUUCAGUUCAAGAGAUAAAAACAGGUUGUGAUAUUGGGUCCUUUGACUCGCCAUACACGAAGGACGUAAAACAAGGGAAGUGCUUGAAAGACACAGACCCGAAGGAUUGCGUGAGAGGCGUAAAGCGAAGUGCAGAAGCGUAGUUUAUUCCUGCGCGAAGAGAAAUAGACAGUCGUGGUAUCGCACCAAGGACGUUUUCCCCGAAGGAUAGCCGAGUGUAGGAGUCCGAGAGAAGGUACAAUGUCACCCUUCACAGCAGAGGACUUCCAGAGGAGUCCCCGCAGGCAGCCGUACAAGUCCCCGUAUAUACUGUACGAGCUCAGCGAUGACUUAAAGCGGAAGGAGUUUCUUGACGAACUGUUCUCGUUCAUGCAGAAGAGAGGGACGCCCAUCAACCGGCUGCCCAUCAUGGCCAAGCAGGUCCUGGACCUGUACGAGCUGUACAACCUGGUGGUGGCGCGCGGCGGCCUCGUCGACGUCAUCAACAAGAAGCUGUGGCAGGAGAUCAUCAAAGGCCUCAAGCUGCCCUCGUCCAUCACCAGCGCCGCCUUCACGCUCAGGACGCAGGUCAGUUACUCCUUCACGCUCAGAACUCAUUCAGGAACAGUAAUUGCCUUGUCUUUUGGAAUGCUGCCUCACAUUCCUGAUCCUUAUUUUCUGAUUCCAUUGCGUCAUCGCCCUCUCAGCAGUAAUUGCCUCGCCUUCUGA